CUAUGCAGCAGGGGGUGAGCAGACAUCCUUCCCCUCCUUCUCUCUCCAGGCUCCGGCCCUGGCCCCAAAUCUCCAUGGCAACCCCAGACGCAAUCAUAACCCAGGGAAAGAGGAUGGGGCGGGGGCAGUGCAAAGAUCCGAGGGAGAGGCCAGAAGAGCUGGGCACUCUGCACCCCCUGUUCUGGGGGCGCCUCUUCCCCUGUCGGCCUCCCCGCUGGCCUGGCCAGACCUCACUCCCCAGUCUCCCCAAAGACCCCAACCUGAGGAUCCCACAGGUCUGUGCUUUUGCUGGGCACCGCAGAGCCUGGAUGGGGGCGUGUCUCCCACAGCUGCCCCAGAGGCUGCUGCUAUUCGGGGCGGCCAUCCUGGCUGCAUCUGCCGUGGAGACUGCGGACCUGGUGCACCUCUGCGGGCAGACGUGGCAGGGGCCCGGGCUGCUGCUGCGUUCUCACUCCACGUCCCGCAAGUUCUACUUCGUGGCUCCGGACACUGACUGCAGGCUCUGGGUGCGGGCGGCGGCCCCCGGAGACAGGAUCCGUUUCCAGUUCCGCUUCUUCCUGGUCUACAGCCUGGCGCCAGCCUCCCCAGCGCCCCCAGCUCCCAACGCUUCCGCCCUGGUGCUCUCCGACCCUUGUGCGCCUGGCUCUUACCUGCAGUUUUACGAGGGCUCACCAGGGGCAGGCCAGCCCCUGGGGGCCCCUCUCUGCGGCCUGACCAUUCCUGCCCCCGUGGCCUCCUCCGGACCCUUCCUGGGCCUGCGCCUGGUCACGAGAGGCCGCCAGCCCCGCGUGGACUUCGUGGGUGAAGUCACCUCUUUCCGGUUGGGACCCUGUGGAGCCUACUUCCGCUGUCACAAUGGCAGGUGCAUCCCGCCGGGCCUGGUAUGUGAUCGCUGGGGCAUGGACAACUGUGGCGACAGCAGUGACCAGGGCUCCUGGCCACCAUCCAACUGCAGAGGUCCCUCUCUGGUGCCUGGCCAGACAGGAAGUGUGGACGGCGACACCUCCGAGUCCCCGCCUUUCUCCUGGGCUCCCGGGUCUGCAGGCUCCCCCCAGACCACAGCUCCGAGGAGUCCCCCAGAGGGCCGGGGCCGCGCACUCCAGGACACAGCUUUGGAAGGUCCCUGGCGAUGGGGCGUGGCGCUGGCCUCCUCUCUGCUCCUGGCCUGUGCUGGCCUCCUCGUGGGUCUCCUCUGGUGCUGCUGCUCCUUUGGCCGGCUGGCCUGGUGGCCUGCUGCUCCAGCCUGCACUGUCUGCCGCGUGUGUCCUGGCCAAGUCGCCCCCGGAGGGCUGCAGCUGAGUGGGCCAGUCUCCCCAGGUCGGGGAGACCACCCCUAGAGGGGCUGCGGGCGUCAGAGAGGGCUCUGGGGUCAGAUGGACCUCGGGUUCCAACCCCUCAGCUGGCUGACCUUGGGUCAGCCACUUAAACCCCUCAGGGAAUGGGACAUUCCCGCCCUGCAGGGUGGU